GUUAGAUCAUAUUGCAGUUCAAAAUGGCGGCUCGACUUACAGCAGAAUUUUUAAAAGAUUGGAAAAAUGAAGUUAAUCCUGAUCUGCAGAAAGAAAGAGAUACAUGCACGUUUAAUAUCCAGGAGCUAACAUUUCUUCUAGAUGGUGGACAAGAAAAAACAAAACGAAGGAAGGAGUUGGAAAACAUUUUGUUCACAAAGUAUGCAGAUCUGUUUUCGUUCAAAAAGCGACCCAGUCAGAAUAAAUCUGAGAUGUAUGAAUCGUCUGUUGCCAAGUCUGUAAAAGUUUUUCAAAUGAAAAGAGAGUAUGGUUGGACAGAAGAGGAUUUUGAUAUGACUACAAGAAUUUUGAAUUAUGACUUUGCAUUAAGUCUUCAUCACACAAUGUUUAUACCUGCCAUUGAGAGGCUUGCUACAGAUGAACAGAAGGCAAAAUGGCUACCUUUAGCUCAGUCAUAUCAGAUCAUUGGAACAUAUGCACAAACUGAACUUGGCCAUGGUACAAAUUUACUUGGUCUUGAAACAACAGCUACAUUUGAUAGAGCAACAGAUGAGUUUGUGGUGAACACACCAAGAUUAUCCUCAAUGAAAUGGUGGCCUGGUGGUCUGGCAAAGUCCAGUACCCAUGCUAUAGUAUUGGCACAGCUUAUUAUAGAUGGUAAGAAUCAUGGUAUGCACCCAUUUAUGUUACAGCUUCGAAGCUUGGAUGACCAUAUGCCAAUUCCAGGUAUAAAAGUUGGAGACAUCGGUAAAAAAGUAGGUGCAAACAUGGUUGAUAAUGGUUACCUGAUCUUGGAUAAAGUUCGGAUUCCUCGGCAAAAUAUGUUUAUGAGAAAUGCUGUGGUUACUAGAGAGGGAAAGUUUACACAGCUCUCCAACAACAAGGCAAACUAUGCCACUAUGGUGCUUGUACGUGUUAAUAUAAUAGGCUGGACCAAAGAUACAUUGAGACAAGCAGCCUGCGUAUCUACCCGCUACAGUGCUGUGAGGAGACAGACCACACUAAAACCAGGAACCCCGGAGCAGCAAGUUUUAGAUUUCCAGACUCAACAAUUAAAGAUAUUCCCAGCAGUGGCGGCUUCAUAUGCUUGUCAUUUUAUAGGAGAGGACAUGUACACAUCUUACCAUGCUGCAUACGCUGAAAUAAUGAAGGGAAACAAUAGGAAACUGGCAGAGUUACAUGCUCAGUCAUCAGGAUUGAAAGCUUUUCUAACGGAUAUGUCAACAGCAAUGGUUGAGACAUGUAGAAGGUCAUGUGGAGGUCACGGCUACCUCAUAUCAUCUGGUGUUGCUGAAAACAUGGUGGCUAGCCUGGCACUUGUUACGAUAGAGGGGGAGAAUACUGUACUGUAUCUACAGACAGCAAGAUAUUUAAUGAAACAGAUGGCUAAUGCUGUCUCAGGUACUAAAACAGAGGGACCAACAGCUUAUAUGAACAGGGAUUUCACAUCAUAUGUAUGCCCUAUAGAUACGAAACAAGACUGUAGAAAUCUUGUGAAGCUCAGGGAAGUCUAUACCCAGAGAGCGCACAGGGUUGUCAUGUCAGUAGCACAGAAGUUACAGAUGGACAUGGAGUCUGGUUUACCACAAGAAGUUGUCUUCAAUAAAAAUAUGGUGGCUCUUGUCAGAGCAGCUAGGGCACAUCUGCAUUUAACAGUGAUAGAUAUAUACAUUACCAAGCUAGGCAACUUGAGGGAAACAAGCAGUACAGAGUUGUCUAAAGUUAUGACAGAGUUGUGUAACUUCUAUGUUAUACAUGGCAUGGUUCAAGAAUCUGGGGAUUUUCUAGAGAUGGAAACUCUAGGGUUGUCACAAAUGGACUGGCUUAGACAAGAAGAAAUGGAAAUGUUAGCUGUGCUCAGACCAAAUAUCGUUGGUUUGGUGGAUGCAUUUGAUAUGCAUGAUGAGACAGUUGCAUCGACCCUUGGUCAGUAUAAUGGAAAUGCAUACCAAAACCUGUUUGAGUCUACACAGUAUGAGCCAAUGAACCAGACAGAGGUACAUCCUGCGUAUUACAAGCAUCUAAGAGGGUUGUUAAAAGACCAGACUCUGUCCAAACUUUGAUUUCUGUAGGAACAUGUAGAAAUAGUAUAUAAAGAGUUUAGACAUUGAGAUUCAUUUCUCUGAGGCUAAAUAAAAUGGCAAGAAAAGAGAAAGUUUUAAUUAAAAGUGACUGUGAUUAUCUUAAAAUUUGAAAAAAAGUUGAUUUUGUUAUUAACAGACAGUUUUUGUGGCAUUCUUUUAAAAACUAGUGAUGUUUUAAUUCUUUUAACAAGAACUUUUACAUUUCAAUCCUUAUUUUGUUACACAAAUCAUGAAAACUCGAUGUAUUAAACUAAAGGGACACAACUGAGGUUUUUUUUGACAUGACAAGACUGGAAAUAAAUUUUUGAUUUAUUAUUCGCUCACUGUGAUUUUCAAGAACAGUUAUUCUAAGUGUGAAAAAUGACCCAAAAUUGAAAAGGGUUGCAAUGCUUUUUACUCAAAUUGGUUUAGAAUUGCACAUAAUUACGAUUUUCAAUGUAUUCCUGAAUAUAUUCCAUAAUUAUUUUUUGCAUAUCUUUUUGUUUUAAGUGCCCCAGCUGAUUUUAGUUUUUUAAGGUAUUUAGACCUCAGCGGGUUUCCUUAAAUUAAUGAAACAUAAAAAAAUGUGAAAGAAAUUUAGAAACUGCAUCAUUUAUGAUGCCUGAUCUUAGUUAAUCUGGUUCCCUUCCUACAUUUACAACAGAAAGUAGCUAUAACAUAGUGUAAGGGGAAGGAACUCCAGGUACGAUCUGUGUCAGACAGUGUAAAAAUAGAGAGCAUUUGGUGUCCAUGAUCUUAUAAGACCUGCUAUUGAUUUUAACUACAUGUAUAUCUUAAACUGUAUGUAAGCCAUAACUAUUUCGACAUCAGUUCAUUCCAGAUCACAACAUGGACUUCUCUUUCUGUUGGGUCAUAUAUUUGUACAAGUGAUACAUAUAUGCUUUGAAUUGUCAGUAAGGAGAGAUAACUAUUGUAUAGACACUACACAGAAAUGAUGGCUGGUUUGUUGUGGUGCAGAUAUUUUAGCUUAUUUGUAGUGAGGGUCAGCAUGGUUCUAUAUUCCUGGUAUAGAAAAAAAGUUAUAUUUUGUACUAGAUCUUUAAAGGCUAAGCCAUCUGUGAACAAAAAAAACUGAUUUAAAUAAUUUUGAAAUUGAUUUGCUGCCUGGUGGAAGGUUAUUGUUCUAUGAUAUACAAAUAUGCCUUAUAUAAUGCUGCUUAUGCCAAAGGGGGUAACAAACACACACAAUAAGGUUAAAAUAUUACAUGCUUCAAUGUGUAUUCAGCUAAUUAGAUUGCAUACUUGUGCAUAUCUUUGAAAAAAAAUAAAAUGAUGAUUACAUGUUCUAUAUAUUAUGCUGUAAAAGAUUUUUUAAUUAUUUUUAGCUUAAACUAAGAAAGUAUUGUGCAGUUGUAGGAAGUAUUUAUCAAGAAUUCUUACAGAUUAUUAUAGCAAUGCAUAAAUAUUUAUUAUUAUAAGAAUAUCAUGUUAGUUUAGUCAGCAUCUCUAGUUAUAUAACUUUACAGCCAUAAUCAAGACAGUGUCAUAUAACCUGUCAAAAAUCUGUUAAAACUAAUAUUUAUCCUGCUGGCUUAUGCAAAGUCGGUGGUUCUACUCAGGUGCCCGCUCAUGCCUGAAAUACUGUACAAAGGGGCACCUGAGGUGGUACUCCACCAGUAAAGUUAAUAAGAACCAUAUUACCUUUACAGUGUUGGGGCGAUCAAACAGACAAAUUUAAAUAAGAAAUGUGAAGACGAUAUGUAUGUUUCAGGUCAUUUGUGAGUUUUGCACAAUUUUCUUAUUUUUUUAAAAAGCUUAGAUUUUGUAACAGUUUUUACAACGGUGUUUUGCAUAUUUGCAUAUAUAUCGUGAAAUAAUACACUCAAAUUGCUUUGUGAGCUUAAUAGGAGAAUAGUGAGACUUGUUUUAGAAGUGUCAUUUAAUCAUGCUAUUUUAGUACAUGUAUACAAAUUGUAUUGUUGGUCUUAAUUAAAUGUUGUUGUUAUUUAUGAAUGUUACACAAUUAUAUUAUAUGAUAUAAAAAUAAAUCAAUUUUGGCUUGA